ACCAUCAUACCAUCUUUCGUAUCCUUCACUUUUUCCCCACGGCAUUAGAAGACUUGCUCCUUCGCCUUGCCAUCGUCCACCUCGCAACUCGAUUCCCAUAGGCCGCUCUGGCUCAUAUUCGAUGCCCUGCUCCCGGCGAAGCAUGCCGAGUGAAACCGAGACAGGCAACCGACGACAGUGGGCAGCGGUGACAAGCAGUCUGCCAGAAGUCAGGAGAUCCGAUUGGAAGGGAGUUGAAGGAGAAAGAGUCAGCUCGGCGAGGGCUCGCUCCUACUUGACCAUGCAUGAUGUGACGACCUGUUUCAAGAGCCUAUAGUACAUAAGGACGUGGAGCUGAAAAGAGGGGGAUGUGGGCAGAAGCGGGCAUCAUGCUCAUAGGCCUACAGCCGAAUGAGUCUGAAGACAGGACGGCCUUACAGUCUGCCAUUCGAUACGGCAGCCCUCUGCUACAAGAUUGAUGGGGUGCAUACAGCUGGCUAAGAAUAGUCUUGCGGAUCUUUCUGCCACAACUUCAACUUCUACCUUGUUCCUGAUUCUACCCUCCUUCAGCACAGAUGUGAAUGUCACGCAGUCAAGGCUCGGUAUAGAGAGAGAUGGUAGUAUUGAACGUUGGCUAGACUCUGCCUUGGACUGAUAUGGCACACGCUCAUCGUCCUUAGCUGUGACCUUGGCAUUCGACAAUGUCAGGACCUUGUUGCAGCGGAAGCCCGGCCAAGAUGUAGAUAGCGGGAACACUGAGAC